AUGUCAUCUUUAUUUAAAAAGUGUGUGCAAAAGUAUAUCAAGUGUUUUCCUAAUGGGGAAUUUUACCAAAGGAGAAAGCCGAAAAGCAUAAGUUCUUACUCUAGCCUGGAGGAUAGGCUUGCUGACCACGUGUAUGAACUAAUGACUUGUUUAGACACUGAGGUCAUCACUUCAGAAAUCAAAGCUAUGAUCAUGAAAAAUAGCGAUAUUUCAGCUGUGGAUGAAUCUGAGCUUUUUUUUACGCCAAAUAACAAUGAAACUCAUAAUAGUCCAGUUACAACGAAUCGCUCAAGUGGCUGGUCUGGAAUGAAGAGCAAGCUUGCUUCUUUGGAAGCCGGGCAGAUCAUCUUUCGUGAAGGGCUCACACGGGAAAUAAACGAACUGUCUUCUAAAAUAACCAAUCUAAUAAAGACUGUCGAAGAACAGAGAGAAGAGAUAAAAACAGUAAAGGUUGAGAACGAACUACAGCGAGAGGAGAUAAAUGCGAUCAAAGCUGAAAAUAAAGAACUGCGCUGUCUCCAUUCCAAGAUUGCUACGAAUCAAACUCCAUUCUAUUCAAAAGGAGAUAACGGAAUCCAGCAAAAACAUUCUGCCUUUGAACCACGUACUUCUUAUUGUGACAUUGUAAACGUAGACAUGCAAGAAAUUGAGAAUUCCCCAGGACUUACUGAGGACUUGUCAAACAAUAUUGCUUGUGAAAUGACUAGCAGCGCUACAGUCCCAACGAACCAUGCUGGUGAAAGUAAUCUAGUAGUGGUGAUCAAUACCGAAGAACAGCCAUCUUGCUCAAACGAUAUGAGGAAGAAUGAUGAUCACCCAACAUCUAAGACACUUUCAAAUGAAAAACUCAGAUCAAAACUAACGACAGACGGCUGA